CUUGUACUCCGUACUUGGGUACGAUAAGGUAAGCGGGUACGGAGCAAGUUAAGGAGAAUACGAGGACCUAGAUACCCAGGUCUCGGUAUAAGAACAUUAGGCUUCCCACUACCUCAGAGGCUUUCCAUUAGGGGCCCGUAAGAUCUCAAUCAAGUCUUCGAUUGAGACUCAAAGUACUUAUUCCCAUGUUUCCGCCCUUUGGAAAAGCCAGAAAUAGAAGCCUUCUCGUCAACACUUGCAUCUAGUGAUUUACUCGCAAUCAGAAAAGCUUCCGGCAAUCAUGUCGGUUUUGAGGCCACCAAGGGAGGGUCUGACACUUGAAUAUCUGUUCAGACCAUUUGGCAUUCUACUGCACCCAGUCAUCUCAGCGAGCCUUUUGUUCGCAAGUCUCAAGAGGCCUGAUGCGACAAAACAAUUUGUGUACGCGAUCACGAAAAGAGAUAUUUCCCUUGAUUCGAUCAAGACUGUUCUCAAAAUUCUUUUAACCACAGUCACCGUCUUCAAGCUGAACAAAUCCCUCAGUCGCCUGGCCCUCAACAACUUUGUGAAUGAUCGAUCGUGGGAUUGGCAAAGAGAAAUUGUUGUUUGCACAGGUGGUGCCAGUGGAAUUGGAAAGCAUGUUGUGGAUGAGCUUGCAAAAAGAGGCAUUCAAGUCGUGAUUCUCGAUAUCAACCCUCCGGAGACACAGCUCCCCCAAAAUGUGUCUUACUACAAGGUUGACCUUACCUCGAAGAAAGACAUUCAAGAGGUGUCAUCAAGAGUACGCCAAGAGAUAGGACACCCUUCUGUUCUGAUCAACAAUGCUGGCAUAGGGAGCGGAGCAACAAUCCUAAACGAAACCGACGAAGAGGUUCAGAGGACAUUCGACGUGAAUAUCCUGGCUCACUUCAAACUGAUCAAGGAAUUCCUCCCUGAUAUGAUUCAACACAACCAUGGCCAUAUUGUCACCAUUGCCAGCAUGGCAAGUUUCGUGUCUGUCGCCAACAAUGUCAGUUAUAGCGCGACCAAAGCAGGUGCCCUCGCGUUGCAUGAGGGUCUUGGGAAUGAAUUGAGGGCUAGAUAUGGAGCCAACAAAGUACGAACGACCAUUGUUCAUCCCAUCUGGGUCAGGACGCCGCUUACAGACCCUUUGACAACCCGAAAGGAAUGGAAAGAAUUCACCUUGGAGCCCGAAACAGUGGCAGAAGCUAUAGUAGCACAACUACUCAAGGGUGAGAGCGGGCAGCUAAUAUUACCAUCUCGGUUUGGCUUUGCUGGAGGAAUUCGAGGCUGGCCUAGCUGGCUACAGGAGGUGAUUCGUGGGCAAGAUGCCAUCCCGGAUCUACCCAGACCAAGUCAAUAAUGAUUUUAGGGAUCGAUUUGGAACCAAAUAUAUUGCAAAUUUUCG